CACAGGUUUUGUCAGGAUUAAAGUGUGACUCAGACUGUUUGUGUUAAUGUUAAAGUAAAAGUAAACCCAUUUCCCUGUAGCAGUUUCAUGAUUAACAUUAUGAAGGAUUUCAGCACAAUAGAAAAGUUUAAUCCAGAGUUGUAACUGCCGGGUCUGUCUGGCUUUGUGCCCCUGAGGAGCACCCAAAUGGCUCAGACUUUUAAACCUAACACACGCCCCCCUCAGGCACUCUUUUGUCCCCCCAAGUUUAACUCCCGCAUACACAGCGUCGACGUUUGCACACAAUAUUUGUCGCACUGAUGGUUGUGUGGAUUGUACUCUUUCAUAGUGGUCUCAUUGUGCCGCACUGCAUUCUGGGGAUGUGUGUGACACCUGCCUCCCAGGUAAAACGGGGAGGCAGUGAAUGCCCACCGCAUCCGAGCCAUUCAGGUCAUAUUUCUGCGCUUUUUCGAAGCGAGCGAUAACAGGGAUUUCCUCUCUCCAUCGUUUCUAUGCCUGAGUUAUUGUUGCGUAUUGCCUCUCGAGCUGAACGGGACCGUGCCAUGAGGACUCUCCCUAAAAGCAAAACUUGUGAAGUGUACUGUAUCUCCGGUCAUGAAUACUCUGGCUGCUCCGCUGCUCAGGGGGGGGGGAAGCUGAAGGAGCCCAGCCUGUCACUGAGCCCCUGUGCGGCGCCUGAUGCUCAGGUGGGCCACAGGUCAGAUGGGGGCUUAGCUCCAACCUGUGGCUCCUGGAGGAGGUGGAUGUUCGGCCUCCUGCCUUUCCUCCCCUUCACUGCUGCCGUUGCACUGACUCUUCACUAUUUAACACCUCCGCCCUCCUCAGUGUUCUUCCUCGGUGGCAGUGUGGAGUUUCCAAACCUGAACUUCUCAUCGGAGCUGACUAACUCCACCUCUUCGCAGUUCCGCCUGCAGGCUCAGGCUUUGAAGCAUUAUUUUUCAGAACUGUAUGAUUCCUCUCCAUGGAGCUCUUACUACCUGUGCUCAGGUAUUACUGCAUUCAGUGAAGGAGUGAAAGGGCUCAAUGUCUUCUACUGGAGCAAAUUCUCUGCUCCAGACGAUGUUGCCAUGGUAAUCUGGAGGUCCAGCCCGGACAGACUGCAACGCAUAAUACCCAGCAGCAACAAGUUACUGCUGCGUGACGUCCGCAAUGAGCAGCAUUACUACAUGGGGCAAGAUGAUGACAUGCUUCACCUACUAGGUUUGGAUCCACCUGACUUUGACUCAGAAGACAAAACAGGCAAGGUUAAGAAUCCAAAUAGCAUCCAGAGUGGGAAGUGGCAGCUCGGCUUCCAAGCUAUGUCCUUUGACCUCUACGCCAAAUAUGGCAACAACCGCACCCUGAGCCUUGUGAGUCCCAAGAAGCCAUACUACCAGUGGCGUCUGCGCGUGCCCUCGGGUCAUGUGGUGCAACUUGUCAUCCUCACCCUUCAUGGUGCCACGCCUGGAAGCUGCACCGCCCACAAACUCUCCGCCUAUGACUUCUUACUUCCUUUACAGAACAAGAUAAUUGCCAGGUGGUGUGGGCUCCCUGUUUUGGGUUCAUCACCUGUCAUGAAGCUGAUGUCUUCUGGGAAUGUGAUGCUGGUCACCUUCUCUUUCAGCAGACAGCGGGACGGAGCAAUCUUCAAAGCUUAUUUCCAGGCCAUCCCAAAAGCAGCUUGUGAAGGCUCACUUUCCUUAUGGAAUGGCUCCCUUUCUUCACCUUAUUACCCCUCCUACUACCCUCCUAAUAUCGACUGCACCUGGACACUGCGGGCACCAUUACCAGGAUAUCUGAUCUAUAUUACGAUUGUAAUGUUGGACAUUGAAGACGCCUCGUCAUCAGAUGGCUGUGAAAAAGACUGGCUGGACAUCGGAGGAGUCAAACUGUGUAACCCUGUGUUGGACACCAGCAAAAAACGAGUCUACUCAUCUCCUCUCUCCAUCCACUUCCACUCUGAUGAAUCUCUCACUCACAAUGGCUUCUACCUGCUCUACCGAGCUUUCUCUCCAGAGGGCACCUGUCCUCGCCAGUUUCGCUGCGGAGAUGGACGCUGUAUCCCUCUGAGGAAGGUGUGUGAUGGCGUUAAAGACUGCUCAGAUGGACGGGAUGAGGCUAAAUGCUCGUCCUGCAGGCCAGGAGAAGUGUUGUGUGGGAACGGCCAGUGUAAGCCGCACGCCAGCCAGUGUGUGAGCCAGGGCUCCUGUAGAGACAGCAGCGAAGAGGGCACCUGUGGAGGUAAAUGUUACCACGUGUGUUCCAACAAGGUGUGUCUGCCAAAAUCAGCAGUGUGUGACGGCGUCAUAGAUUGCAAAGACCGCAGUGACGAACUCAACUGUACCAGAGCGUAUUAUAAAGGCUGCUCAUCAUCUUCCUACAAAUGUGCCAAUGGUAAGUGUGUGAACAAAGUGAACCCUGAGUGUGACGGAGUCAAAGACUGCUCUGAUGGUUCUGAUGAACUGCGUUGUGGCUGUGGCACCAGGCCCAGGAAACGAACUAAGAUAGUUGGUGGGUCUGAUGCCGGAGCAGGAUCAUGGCCUUGGCAGGUCAGCCUUCAGAUUGAGCGCUACGGUCACGUUUGUGGAGGCACAUUGGUUUCCAACCGCUGGCUCAUCUCUGCAGCACACUGCUUCCAGGACUCUGACACUAUUAAAUACUCUGACACUCGUUCAUGGAGGGCCUACAUGGGAAUCCGUGUCAUGACCUCCACCAAUAACGGAGCAGCAACCAGACAAAUCCGUCAGAUUGUCCUCCACCCGCGAUACGACCAGUUCACCUCUGACUAUGACAUCGCCCUCCUGGAGCUCAGCACACCCAUCUUUUUCAACGAGCUGGUGCAGCCCGUGUGCAUGCCCGCCCCCUCACAUGCCUUCAUCACAGGGACCAACUGCUUCGUCACAGGUUGGGGGGUCCUCAUGGAGGAUGGUGAGCUGGCUUCUCGCUUACAAGAGGCACCUGUGAAGAUCAUCAGCAGGAACACCUGUAACAAACUAUAUGAUGAUGCUGUCACUCCCAGAAUGCUGUGUGCUGGGAACCUGCACGGAGGGGUCGACGCCUGCCAGGGAGAUUCUGGAGGUCCACUGGUGUGUCUGGAGCGCAGCAGAAGGUGGUUCCUGGCUGGAAUCGUGAGCUGGGGUGAAGGCUGCGCCAGGCAGAACCGCCCCGGGGUCUACACACAGGUGGUCAAAUUCUCUGACUGGAUCCAUCUGCAGACUAAAGGACAAGUGUGAAUAAACAGCAGACAGCAGUGAACUGUGGAGCAGACAGAGACAGGGCAAAGGUUUCAGAGCUGAAGUCCAUGUUCAGACUGAACCAUGAUAACAUGGCAACACAUUCAGGCAGUCUUUGGGAGCGUGGCCAUUGCAGCAGGAGCUCAGAGGUCCUCUGUCCGCCUGCAGAGCGACCAGCUUCCCUUCAGUUGUAGCUCAGCCACAUGUUACACUGACAGUGGCUCUGUUGGAUUGUGCAGAAAACUCACCAUUUACAACUCCUGUGUGAGGGGUGGAGCCAGGAGUUCAGUUUGAGGGAGGUCCACUGUCCACUUGUCAUCAUCCUAGUGCUUCAAUACUGAAUUUUUAGCUGAAGGAUUUGGUUCAUGCAGUGUUUCAGGUAUUUUAACACAGAAUCAUUUUCCUUUGCAAUUCACUGAUAUCAGUUGUAAACUCUGGAUGAAGCUUUAUCUUUACUGCAGCCUACAGACGAGUAAAGCCAUGAAGCAGCCAUCAUACCACUCUCUUUGUAUUCUGAUGGAGGCACUGUGUACAGGGGCAUGUGAGUCAACAUCUGUUCUUUUUGGAUUUCAGACAGAUUAACACUCAGUUUUGGAAAACAUCUGAAAAGAUCCAUUUAAAGUUUAUUUAAUUUAUGAAGAAUUGGUGCUGAAGUCAUAACAUGUGCAUCUCAAAAACAUUUUAUAUUGUAGAAAAAAGUUCAAUAUUUUUGUCAGUAUUGUCAGUAUUAUGUAUUCUCAUUAUAUACGAUACGUUCGGAAAGUAUUCAUAGCGCUUCACUUAUUCCA